UUGCACUGCCUGGGUGGAGCUUAACACGAGGACUUUGUCUGAACUUGCGCUGCUCCUUUGUUAUGUUUCCUGUCAGGAAGACAGGACAAGAUGGUUCACGGGGAGCUGGAGUUCCGACUCAACGACAGAGAGUACAAAAACUGGCUGAAGGCAGGACGGUGUCUGCUUAUACUGAAGGAUGGCCUCCAUCCCUUCGUCAACAACCGGAUGCGAGCUUUCCACAGAGAUCUGCUCAAUAAAAACUCUCAUCUACGGACACCGUGUGAGACUUCUUCAUGUAAACUCAGAGCCAAUAAGCUUUCCCGGGUAUGCAGGGCGUGUUCAUUGUGGCAGACAGUGAUCCUCUCACACCACAGACAGCCUGAUGCCACUGUGAACUGGGACAACUGUUCCCCUCCCUCCUGGAGGACAGACCACUGGGAACUAGCCAAGGCUUAUAUGCCUCGAGGUCAGGUAAAAGUGAAGGGUGCACAUGAAUGCGAUGCCUCUGCUCUGCUCAACCUGAUCAACUACUGUAAUUAUUUCAGUGUGGAUGUAAAACAUGUGAAAGAGGUGAUACGAUACAGGAAUGAGUUGAUGCAUUCUAGUGAUUUCCGAGUGAGGGACGACUGGAUGAGGCGCUACCAGACGUCUCUGACACACCUUGUGCGACAGUUCAGCAACGUACCAGAAAUGGCAGCAGUUGAACAACAGAUAAACGAUAUGCUGAGCGUUGAUUUGUCAAUAUAUGCCUCUGGUCAGGACCAGAUGGAUUCUGCUGACUCGGUUGGAUUAGAGUCUGAUUCUGCGAGCCAGUUGAAGAUCAACGCUGACUUGAUCAGUCAAUGGGAGGCUGAGUUGCUACAAGAGAGGCUGCAGGAGUUACUUCAUGCUGCUGCUGCUCCUGUUGAUGACGAUACAAAGACACUGGAUGCUGAGCAGCUGAUGACCCUGGGUGGUUUCCUGAAGGCCAACAGAGAUCUGGCCGAGAGGUUUUCUGCAGAGCUCCAAGCCAUCGACUCACUGAAGGCCUGAAAAUAAAAAUGUGCACAGAACAGAAAUGGACCCAAGUGCUUAUACAGCCACAAAAUAUUGAAUCAUUGUCAAAGAGAGAUUAUAACAUUUAGCUUUGUCUGCUCUGCUUGUUUGUUUUACUCAUUGUUUUAUUUUUAUUUGUAAUCAUGAUUAUGUUUAUAUAUUGCUGUUUGUCUUAUUGUCUGGCAGAUGUUCAUGAACAAGCUACAGUUUAGACCAUAAGUAAAUAAUAAUAAUGUAUAUGCACCUGCCCAGAACUUGCUAGAAGAUGCUUUAAGUUUCCAUUAAAUCAUGGAAAUCAGA